AUGGAGGGAUCAGAUCACAGGUUUUAUGUGAGGCAUCUUUAUGAGAAUUUCAAGCUUGGAUUUAAAGGCCAGCAAUUAAAGAUUCAAUUAUGGGAGGCUGCAAGGGCAUACACUGAAGCAGAUUUCCAACAACACUUGAGAAAAAUGAAAGAGUUAAAUGUUGAAGCUCAUGAUUGGUUGACAAAGGUGCCAGUUCAUUUGUGGUCAAGGUCAGCCUUCAUUGACACUUCAAAAAAUAAUAUACUUAUUAAUAACAUUUGUGAGAGUUGGAAUGCUGUAAUCCUUGAAGCAAGAGAUAAGCCGAUCAUAUACAUGCUUGAGUGGAUUAGAAGGCAUUUAAUGUUAAGGUUUCAGUAUAUCCAAAAAGCAUUCAACAAAGUGAAACAACAAGCUUCCAUGUGUAAGGUUCACUAUGUUGGUGAUGACAAGUACGAAGUUCAAUGCUAUGGAAUCAGUAAGGCUGUUAACCUUGACAGACAUACCUGCAGCUGUAAAGUUUGGAACUUAACUGGUAUUACUUGUAGGCAUGCAGUGGCAUGUAUAUUUACUAAAAGGGACACUCUAGAGUCAUAUGUUCACCCAUUUUAUUACAGAGAAACUUAUAUGAAGUGUUAUGGUGGUAUGAUCCUUCCCAUUCCAAUGGGAAUGUUGAUGAAAAUUGACAGCAUUGACACAUUGCUUCCACCACACUAUAGGAAACCCACUAGUAGGCCAAAGAAGGCUAGGAACAAGAAGAAUGAUGAUCCCAAAGGUUCUACCAAACUUAGCAAAUCAAAGGAAAGUUUGAAAUGUUCCGAGUGCAAGGAAAAUGGUCAUAACUCAAGGACUUGCAAAAUACCUAAGCCAUUGGUCAUUGACAGACCUCCACCAAGAAGGAGUGGUAGACCACCAAGUGUUGGAAGAGGGAGAGCAAGAGGACCUAAUGGGAUGUCUGUAAGAGUAAGAGAAAGAAGGGGUGGUAGAGGUAGAGCCAGAGGAGUUGAUAUUCAAGCUCCAAUUACAAAUCAAGAGGUCAAUGAUGGAAAGUGA